AUGGCAAGGUAUAUACGCCCCGGCAGAGUCCACCCUGCUAGCAGAGCUUGGACUGUUGCAGAGACAAAAAUUCCACAUCGACCUAACUCAGCGAUCUCCCAUCGAAGAGAAUCCUUCCCAAGAAAUUUGAUCGUAAAUCCAGCCUACAAACAACCACAUUACGAUCCGUUAGAUUCUGCUACAGAAGAGGACAUGGUGCCGACUGUGAUGGAAUCACCACAAAAUAACACCGUUCCUCGCCGGGUAACUAAACGAGAGAACAUAAACUUGGUACGGCAAACCGAAUGGGACGUAAAAGGCACGAAGACAGAGAGUCUUGUCCAAAGAAACACGCUUAGUAAACCAGUCAGUGUCCUGUUAGGAUUAGUGUGUUUCACAUCAUGUUUGUCUCUCAUUUUGACCCUUCUCAUCCUCUCUGGCUCGAUUGAGGCAGGAAGAUGUUCUUGCGGCGACAAUGAAGGGCCUGGCAGAAAAAGCGCCAUAACGGCAGAUGAGAAACAGUCCGAGAAGUUCUCUACAAAAUUAUCUUCGCUGAACCAAAAAAUGGCGGAGAUGACGAGAAAUGUAUCCGAGCUUCCCAAAAAAAUCGAAAACUUGGAGACGAUGCUUUUAGGACACAACGCUUCCAAACUACACGAGGAAGUCUCCUCUCAGAAUAACAGUAUUAAACAUCUUACAAAGCGCCUGGACUCUAUUCAAGCUCAAACUGUUGGACACGCUGCUGUGUUGGAAGAUUUAAAUUCCUCUACAACAACUAAUAUGAUGGAGUUUAAACAAGUCUGGACUGUGUUUAAUACUACAAAACAAGAAAAAGAUAACUUGACCAAGAAGGUCGAUCAGGAGUUUAAACGUAUUCGGCAAGAUGUAAAGCAGACAGAAGGAAGUUUGUUGAAUAAAACGAACUCAUCUCUGCAAGAUUUCGAAAAUAAGGUCAACAGUGAAAUUAGAAUUGUUUCACUCAAGCUGAAUACGACGAUUGCCCGUAGUGACUAUUUAUAUUCUUCAUUGAAAUCACAAAGGAAAAACGUAAGAAAUAGUUUUGGAAAACUUGAACUUAGAGUUAAAAUGGAGGAAGAAAAGUCUAGCAACAUUACAAAAAGUUUGGAUCACCACUCCAAGUUGAUCCAGCACUUGACCGAUAUGCUGAAUGAUACUCGCGAAGAUAUGAGGAAUAUGUCUCGAGAACAAUCCACGGCUUUGGAACUGGCUCAAAAUUCCACAGUUGCGGAACUUCUAAGAGUGCGGAUGUUAGUGGACUCAACGCAGACAAUUCUCUUGACACAGUUAAAGAAAAUGCAUGAAAACAUGACUAAAAAGGUAACAAAGGAAACUGAGAAACUUGAGACCAGAAUAGAAAUUGAGGAAAACAAAUCAAAUAGCACAAAGCAGGUCACGGAUCAGCAUCUCAACAGGAUUCAGCAAAUAGAGAAAUUGCUUAACGUUACUCGUGAAAACAUGAAAGAAGAGUCCAAAAAGUAUUUCACCGCGCUAUGGUUGACAGGAAACUCUACCAAAAUGGAUCUUCAAAGUAUACGCAUGGUUUUGAAUGUAACGCGUGGUAAUAUUGUUAGACAGCUAAAGGAAGUGCAAGACAACUUGACUGAACAGGUAAAGAACGUUAGUAAGAUGCCGGGUCCUAUCGGACCUCCUGGCUACAACGGAAGCCAGGGACCUGUUGGCCCUCAGGGAGCUGUGGGUCCCGCAGGUCCUAAAGGAUCAGGAGACUUUGGUCAAUGUCAGUAUGACACUAAAGAAGAAAAUAAGAUCACUGGUAGCGAUAGGAUACUUGUACAUAUUGAUGAACCAGCAAAUAAAAGGGUAAUGGCAGUAACAUGCUCAACGGAUCACAGCGCUGAGUAUAAUCUUGUAACGAGAACACAAGGUGCAAACGUCCGGAGAUUCGUUUGCACCUGUGAUGGAAUAUCCUCACUUUUCAAUAGAGGAACUAAGUGCUACCUGCACUACUGGAUUUGCCCUUUAACAACAUAA